AUGGGUGACCUGCCAACCACAUUUGACAAACCCGUUCUUAUCGCCGUCAUUGGUGGUACUGGCCUUGGCCAGCUUGAAGGCUUCGAGCCCGUUGCUGCCCUGAACCCAAUUACACCUUGGGGUCCUCCCGCGUCGCCGAUCCAAAUUCUCUCCCACAAGGGCAGCUACGUUGCCUUCCUAGCCCGCCAUGGAGUUCACCACCAGUUCGCUCCCCACGAGGUCCCCAACCGCGCCAACAUUGCUGCUCUACGCCAUAUUGGCGUUAGAUCCGUCAUCGCAUUUUCAGCUGUUGGGUCGCUACAAGAGCAGAUCAAGCCUAUGGACUUCGUGGUUCCUGACCAGGUCAUCGAUCGCACAAAGGGUGUUCGUCCGUUUACCUUCUUUGAGGGUGGUGUGGUAGGACACGUCGGUUUUGCCGACCCUUUCGACGCAGGCCUGGCCAAGGUUGUCAAGGCUUGUGCAGCCCAUAUGGAUGGCGAGGGCGUUGUAUUGCACGAGAAGGGUACAGUUGUGGUGAUGGAGGGACCUCAGUUCUCGACCCGCGCUGAGUCGCACAUGUACAGAUCGUGGGGUGGAUCGGUCAUCAACAUGUCGACGCUUCCCGAAGCUAAGCUUGCCCGUGAGGCUGAGCUGGCUUACCAGGUGAUUGCCAUGGCGACUGACUACGACUGCUGGCACUCAUUUGAGGACGUCAACGUCGAGUUGGUCAUUAGGUACAUGAAGUCCAACAACGAAAAUGCUAAGCGUUUGGUGGCCGGCGUCCUGGAUCGACUUGCCGAGAUUGAGAACAGCGACCUGAUUCAGGCUAAGCACUUGGCUGGUGCCUCUCAGGGAGCUGUCAAGUUUAUGACCAAGCCUGCAGGUCGUGACCCCGAGGCUAUGAAGAAGAUUGAAUACCUCUUCCCAGGUUUCUGGGAGGAAGGAUAG